AUGUCUGGAGGCAGCGCCGGUUUCGACCGACAUAUCACAAUCUUCUCUGAGCAAGGAAGACUCUAUCAAGUCGAAUAUGCAUUCAAAGCGAUCACCGCUGCAAAUAUAAUGUCGAUUGGGGUCCGAGGCAAGGAUUGUGCUGUAGUCCUUUCCCAGAAAAAAGUUCCCGACAAGCUAAUUGACCCUUCUUCCGUCUCGCAUAUCUUCCAGAUUUCGCCCUCCGUUGGUUGCGUCAUGACCGGAUCCAUCGCGGAUGCCCGGGCGUUUGCACAGCGCGCCCAGGGCGAAGCUGCCGAGUUCAGGUACAACUAUGGAUACGAGAUGCCAUGUGAUGCCCUGGCCAAGAGGCUUGCCAAUAUCAGCCAAGUGUAUACACAGAGAGCCUAUAUGCGCCCUUACGGCGUGGCGACGACGCUGAUAUCGCUCGAUUCUGAAUUCGGACCGCAGCUCUACAAGUGCGAUCCAGCAGGAUACUACGUGGGGUACAAAGGAACGGCUGCGGGACCCAAGCAGCAGGAAGCGCUUAACCACCUGGAGAAAAAGCUCAAGAACAAGGAUCACGCAGAUGGCACAUGGGAAGAUGUUGUGGAGCUAGCAAUUACUACGUUAAGCACGGUCCUCAGCAUGGAUUUUAAGAAGGUGAGAUUGAGAUCGGAAUCGUUGGAGGCCCCCGAGCGGACGGUAAGGAGGGGUCAGAUCCUCAACGACUACCGAACGGCACGGGUGGCCGAACUCCUCGAAGAGUUUCGAACUCUCCAAUAUUACAUCGCCAACGUUCCGGUAGACCCCCCUUACGCAACCGAUUAUCAUACCGAAGGUUGGGCUGCUUUACGCCAGUGCGCUCUAGACGGACAACACAUCCUCAACUGUGCGGCGGACGUAACAGUGCCCCGAGCCAGAGGCGGCGAGUUGGAGCAAAGAAAGGCAGAGUUGAAGCAGAUCCUCUUAGAUGCCUACUCCCGCAGACACGAAGCCCAGAAGAUCUACCUCCGCCAGGCAGCGGCACAGAGAUGGAUUGACUACAGAGAGGGAGUCCUCCAAGGUCAGCAGCCGUCCUCUGCGAAUCGACAACAACUAAGAGCCUGUGACGAACAACUACGACAAGAACUCUCACAGGUCACAGACGAAGUCGUUUAUCAACAGCUUCAGAGUGGCGACGUAAGCAUGGGACAUUGGACGGGCGAAGACCCAAGCCUAUCGGCGGUUCGGCGAUGGGUGCGGGCACGCCCACAUACGACUUAA